AUGGAACAUGUACCCUGGAACGGACUCACUCUCGCUGACUUGGUCAUGCCUUGGUUUUUGUUCAUGUCCGGCGUCUCGAUCCGAAUCGCGCUUCUAUCAAGGAUUAAACGAGGCGUUUCCAAGACAGAAAUCAGCUAUGAAAUUCUCGUCCGAUCUGUCAAACUCAUUGGGUUGGGAAUGAUCACCAUUGGCGGGAAUGAGUCCUGGGAGUACUUUCGAUUUCCGGGGCUCUAUUUCCCCGAACAUCUGAUCAACUGGUGCAUUCUCGGCACCUUUCUUUCCGUCACCUAUUUGCUUCCUGUCCCAAACUGUCCAACUGGGUAUACUGGUCCUGGAGGUUUGUCCGAGAAUGGCAAAUACUAUGAUUGCAUUGGCGGCGCAGCUGGGUACAUCGACAGAAAACUUCUCGGGGAAAAGCACUUAUACAACUGGCCGACUGCUUAUAACGUUUACUACCGCUUCGAUGACGAGCCGAAUGGCAUUCCUUACGAUCCCGAAGGCAUUCUUGGGACAUUGACUUCUAUUUUCAUGGUGUAUCUUGGUCUCCAGGCAGGAAAAUGCUUCGAUAUAUUCAAGGAGCCGAAAAAGAUUAUUAUUCAUCUUCUUGGACUCGCUUUUGUCUACGGAAUCGCGGGGAUGCUGCUCGCUACAAUUGGUCUUGAAUAUGACGAGAGGUAUGGAAAAAUUGCUGAAGCGAUUGUUCCGAUAAAUAAGAAUUUGUGGAGUGUUUCGUUUGUUUUCGUGCUUUCUAGCAUGGCAUUCCUGCUUUUGGCCUUCCUUUACUUCAUUAUUGAUGUUAGAGACUGGUGGGACGGAGCGCCAUGCUAUUUUGUCGGAAUGAACUCAAUCCUCAUCUAUCUGCUUCACAUCAUCGCUGGCUAUCGUAUCCCCUUCACCUGGAACCCUAAGUACCAGAGCCACAGCGAAGAAAUGCUAAUGGCAUUCAUGGGACCUUUUCUUUGGACAAUUUACGCCUACUGGUGCUAUGAUAGAAAGUUUUUCGUAUCUGUUUGA